AAGUUUUUUGUUGCUCCUGAAAAGUAAACCAAAUAGUAAAGAGAGUUUUGCAAAUAAUAUACUAACAUUGAUUUAAGUCAAAAAGUAAUGACAAGUGUCAAAAGUUUUUCUUACAUUUUGGUUAUAAUUAUGUAUUGUCAAAAUCUCCAACUUUGGCGAUCCAGUAAGAAUCUCAAACCGUUGUUGCGGAUAAACCUUCGUAGUUUUUCCAACGACAAGGAUAAUCCAGAUGAUGGGGAAGAAGGGAAGAGAGCAGGCAAAAAAUUAAAUCCUGGUCAAUAUGGACCCAUAAAAUCCGAUAACGCUUUAAAUGAAAAAGAUAGAGCACACGAAGGAAACUAUUUCUACAAAGAUGAUUUGGAGAAACUCAGGAAAUUAAAGAAAGGGAUUGAUAAAGUAGAGAAAGUAACAGAAAAAAUAUUUAAUGAUGAAAAUAAUAAAAAGUAAUGAGUUGUGUUUUAAAUUUUGUUAAUACAAAUACAUAAUAGAAACAACUGACCAAUGACUGACUAAUUUUAGUAUUCCAAGUAUUACAAUAAAAGGAAAAAAUAAAUUUCCAAUAAGUAGUAAACAAUAAUAAGCCGAUUUGAUGCUUAGUUCCGGCAGUUGGUGUUUCG